AGCGAUACAAACGCUACUUAAUAGGUGCAAAAGGUGCUGAAUUCAUCCAGGCUACCCGUUCCUGUUUCCGAAUCACCCUCGCUCGCCCCUGCCGGCAGCUCUUCAACACCUCGACCCGGCGCAUGUAACAGCAAGAAGAUGCCGACACGCUCGGGCAAGAACUUUGCGGUCACGACUGAGACGCCGAAGAGCAAUGUAGGCCUCACACCCUCACCAGCCAUUGCGAGCGGCCCACUCAAGCGAGCAACGAAGCGUAUGCGACCGCAGGACUCGGAUUCGAUCAAAGCUCGCUCACAUAAUAUCAAUAAGCGACAAAAGAAGAGCAGUGCGACCAGGACUGCACCAGCAUGUUUGACCUCCAAGCCAGCAAAGUCUCGCGAAUGCCCCCGGCCUUCCCACACAGCAUCGACCUCCCGCGAGAACCUCUGCGAUGCUCAAGCAGUAGACGUGCGAUACGAUAAGACACAAAAGAGGACGACACAAAAAGAUGCGGGUGGGCGGGCAGGUGCUAGACGUCAGGAUACCGCUCAGAACGCAAAUACAUACAGCCUGUCUGAUCCGAAGUCCAACUUGGAGAGUCAGUCCGCCCAUGUUAUCGAUCUGACGCAGGACUCAGACUCAGACGCAAUGGGCUGCACCAUGACAAGGAGAGAAAUUCGUGUUGGCGAGGAUGAUGAAGCUGAGAGUGAUUCGAGGUAUGCUUUGAGUCGGAGGCAGCCAGGCCAAGCUAGGAAAACCGUACGACCGGCACCUCAGGUCAAUUCAGAGCUGCUCAUGGAGGAGCAGGAGGAAAAUUUCCAGCCCCAGAUUCGUGUGACCAAGAAGGCUGGCGCGGUCAGCUCAAAGCAAAACGUCAACCAGGACGAACGACACGACUCCCUCCAUGACAUUGAUGUCAAUCACCAGAAACAGACUAAGAAGCAGAAGAAGGCAACUUCAAAGCAGAAGAAAGCCCUCGAGAAGCAAGAGGAGAAGAAACUCUUGAAGCAGAGAAAAGCCGACAAGAAGCACGAGAAGAAGGCUCAUGACCUAGUGAAGGAAAAGACCCAAUCUAGAGCUGUUAUGUUCACUGUUGCAGAGGCUAUCACAGCCCUAGAACAGGCCAAGAACGAUCCUACUUCCAUACCCACGAUUGCUUACGACUUGCCAACCGGCGCAUGCUUGACGUAUCCGGUCCAGAGGUCAUAUCACUUGGGCGCUAUGGGUAGAUACGGCGCAGCGAUUGUGCAGAGUAACCCACGAGACCCGAGGGCCCGGAAUACGUUAGCGGCACCCACGCUACUAGACGGUAGGGUUACGAAGUCCUCUAGGCCCCGUCAACACACGUUGAAUGUCGCACCACCCUGCAGGAUCAUGAAGGCCUAGGGGCGGGCCUGAAAACUCGGGAGGAUCGAGACGUUAACCCCGAAGAUGCUCAUGCGAUUCAAUCGCGUGUUCAAGCAGUGGGAAGAGAAUCACCAAGGCGACACCUUGAGUCAUGGUAAACAGGAACGCAAAGCUCGCCAGGUAUGCUCGAAAAGCUUAACAUGGCUUUCCAAAGCCUUGAACGACUUUGGAAAGACGCUUGUAGUCCUCCAGGAGUGCUGGAGGCCAUGUCCACCUAGUAUUCUAAAUGGGUGGUGGAACUAUAAGUAGUGCACAGGUUGGAGGCAUGAACGAUUCCAUCAACGAUGCGGAGUCACUACCGCUUCAGCCAAUAAAAAUAUGAUACACCUUAUGAGCAGCGCGCAACCCUACGAGACUAACUAUGUUUGCUCCUUCGCCUCGCGCUUU